UAGCCUGCUGCCCUUUCCGGCUCUCGGACCGAAGUUUGUUUUAUUAUUUACAGCACCGUCUUAUUUAUUUUUGCCUUGUCGCCGGGUCUUCUAUCGCGAUUUUCUCACGUUCGCCAGCUUGGUUAUUGUUGAAUGUAAACAAUAUUGAAACAAAUUUUCUUUAACGGGAGUAGAAAAUGCAGUCGGUACAGACGGCAGAUUUGCCGGAAAAUCCCCGUGAACGUUCAAAUUUUAUUUCGGCAGCAUGCUUCUGGUAUACCAUGCCCACUUUUAUCAAGGGUCGGAAGGACACACUGGAUACCAAGGAUCUGUACAGGGCUCUGAAGGAACACAAGUCGGAGACUCUGGGAAAUAAAUUGUGCGCCUCCUGGGAGCUGGAACUUGAGAAGACAAAAGGAAAACCUAAUCUUCUAAGGGCUCUCCUGCGGGUUUUUGGCUGGUACUUUGCCCUACUUGGUCUGGUGCUCUUUCUCCUGGAAUUGGGUCUUCGAACGCUACAGCCAAUCUUCCUGCUGAAACUCAUCGCCUACUAUUCACAUGGCUCGGGAUCUUUAAACGAUGCCUAUUACUAUGCUGCCGGAGUGAUCGUGUGCAGUGCCCUCAACGUCAUCAUCAUGCAUCCCUAUAUGCUGGGCACAAUGCAUGUGGGCCUAAAGAUGCGUGUGGGUAUGUGCAGUAUGAUCUACCGAAAGGCUUUAAGAUUGAGCAAAUCGGCGCUGGGUGAUACGACGGCUGGGCAUGUGGUCAAUCUUAUGUCCAAUGAUGUGGGUCGCUUGGACCUGGCCACCAUUUUUGUGCACUACCUGUGGGUGGGACCGCUGGAGACCCUCUUUAUCACAUACCUAAUGUACCGUGAGAUUGGAAUCGCUGCCGUGUUUGGUGUGGCCUUCAUGCUGCUUUUUAUUCCCCUGCAAGCGUAUUUGGGAAAGAAAACCUCGGUUCUGCGACUGAAAACCGCUUUGAGGACGGACGAGAGAGUUCGAAUGAUGAAUGAGAUUAUCUCGGGCAUUCAGGUGAUCAAAAUGUACGCCUGGGAGCUGCCCUUCGAACAUAUGGUGGCCUAUGCGCGCAAGAAGGAGAUUAAUGCCAUCAGGCAUGUGUCCUACAUCAGAGGAAUCCUACUCUCCUUUAUAAUCUUUUUGACGCGUGUGUCCAUUUUCCUGAGUUUGGUGGGCUAUGUGCUACUUGGAACGUUCCUCACGCCGGAGGUGGCCUUCUUGAUCACCGCUUACUACAACAUCCUGCGUACCACCAUGACCGUAUUCUUUCCCCAAGGCAUCUCUCAAAUGGCUGAGACCCUGGUUUCCAUCAAGCGUGUCCAGAAAUACAUGCUGUCGGAUGAAACCAAUGUGUCGGAUAAGAGUGUUUACCUGCCGGAUGAUUCUCCAAGCAGCAAUCAGGCAACGGUCCAUGCAGAUGGAGAGGAGGAUCGUGACGAAGACGAGGAUCGCGAUGAAGCCGAGGAUAAGCUUCUGGGUCCACCGCUCUCCACCAUUAAUGAGAACGCCAAGUUGUCGGAGGCGGGCAUCUCCAUAAGCGGACUCAUGGCGAAAUGGGACGUUAACUCACCAGAAUACACACUCAAUGGAGUUAACCUUCGAGUUCAACCGGGCACUAUGUUGGGUAUUGUGGGACGCACAGGAUCCGGUAAAUCCAGUCUAAUUCAAGCCAUUUUGGGAGAGCUGCCCGCCGAGUCGGGCGAGAUAAAGGUGAAUGGAAGCAUGUCAUACGCUUCCCAGGAGCCAUGGCUCUUCUCUGGCACCGUGCGCCAGAACAUCCUCUUCGGCCAGCCAAUGGAUCGCAGGCGAUACGCCAAGGUGGUAAAGAAAUGUGCCUUGCAACGAGAUUUCGAGCUGCUUCCGUUCAAAGACAAAACCAUUGUCGGAGAGCGUGGAGCAUCGCUUUCGGGUGGCCAGAAGGCAAGGAUCAGCCUGGCAAGAGCUGUUUACCGCGAGACCUCAAUCUACUUGCUCGACGAUCCCCUCAGUGCGGUGGACACCCAUGUGGCCCGUCAUCUUUUCGAGCAGUGCAUGCGUGGCUAUCUGCGCGAACGUAUCGUUAUCUUGGCCACCCAUCAGCUGCAGUUCCUGCAGCACGCCGAUCAGAUUGUGAUUAUGGACAAGGGUCAUGUGAGCGCGGUGGGCACGUAUGAAUCGCUGCGUGAGUCCGGAUUGGAUUUUGCCACCAUGCUGGCCGAUCCGGAGCGAGAUGAGCAUGCCGAUGAGCAAUCGCGGUCGCGAUCCGGCAGCUACAGUCACAGCCAUUCCGAUGGGCGACGCAACAGCGAGCAAUCCCUGCUAUCCAUGGCCGACUCUUGUCUGGAUGAGAUCGAUGAAAACCAGGCCAUCAACCAGGAGCGCCAGGUGGUGGGUCAAAUUGGACUCGGUCUGUACGGCAAGUACUUCAAGGCGGGAGGCGGUUUCUUUGCAUUCUUCGUGAUGAUGGCAUUCUGUGUGAUGUCCCAAGGAUUGGCAUCUUUGGGUGACUACUUUUUGUCUUACUGGGUAACCAAAAACGGACAAGUGGCCAACCGAGCGAACAAUAAUGACACAAUCAGCUCCGAAGAACUGGAGCCGCGCCUCUCGAUAUGGUUGCAUGACUUGGGAUGGCCCGUGGACGCCAAAAUGAUGGACACAUACAUAUUUACAGUUAUUACAGUGUUGACUAUUGUAGUAACCGUCGCGCGAUCGUUUCUGUUUUUCAAUCUGGCCAUGAAAGCCUCCAUUAGUUUGCACAACUCCAUGUUCCGUGGCAUCACAAGAGCCGCCAUGUACUUCUUCAACACGAAUCCCUCGGGACGCAUCCUGAACCGAUUCUCCAAAGACAUGGGCCAAGUUGACGAAAUACUGCCCGCUGUAAUGAUGGAUGUCAUCCAGAUCUUCCUCUCCCUGGCUGGCAUAGUGAUCGUCAUUGCCAUUGUCAACCCAUUGUUUCUCAUCCCAACUGUAGCUUUGGGCAUCAUUUUCUACCAACUACGUACUUUCUAUCUUAAAACGUCAAGGGAUGUUAAGCGUUUGGAAGCAAUAACUCGAUCUCCAGUUUAUUCACACUUGGCUGCCUCGUUAACCGGGUUGUCCACCAUCCGUGCCUUUGGAGCUCAGCGUGUUUUGGCCUCCGAAUUUGACAACUACCAGGACAUGCACAGCUCCGCAUUCUACAUGUUCAUUAGCACCUCGCGUGCCUUUGGUUAUUGGUUGGACUGUUUUUGUGUAAUCUACAUAGCAAUCAUCACACUAAGUUUCUUCAUCUUUCCUCCGGCCAAUGGAGGCGAUGUGGGUCUGGCCAUAACACAGGCCAUGGGAAUGACCGGCAUGGUGCAGUGGGGAAUGCGUCAGUCUGCCGAGCUGGAAAACACAAUGACUGCCGUCGAGCGAGUGGUUGAGUACGAGGACAUUGAGCCGGAGGGAGAACUGGAAGCGACGGCUGAUAAGAAGCCACCCAAGUCCUGGCCAGAGCAAGGAAAAAUCGUGUUCGAUGAGCUGAGCCUGCGCUACACACCCGAUCCGAAAGCAGAAAAUGUGCUUAAAUCACUGAGUUUUGUGAUAUUGCCAAAGGAAAAGGUCGGCAUCGUGGGAAGAACGGGGGCGGGCAAGUCCUCGUUGAUCAACGCCCUUUUCCGGCUGUCUUACAAUGAUGGAACCAUCUUGUUAGACAAGAGGGAUACAAGUGAGAUGGGUCUGCAUGAUCUGCGCAGCAAGAUCUCCAUCAUUCCCCAGGAACCUGUGCUCUUCUCCGGCACAAUGCGUUACAACUUGGAUCCCUUCGACGAGUAUAGCGAUGAGAAGCUGUGGCGCUCCCUGGAGGAGGUGAAGCUGAAGGAAGUGGUGGCCGAUCUGCCCAGUGGCCUGCAGAGUAAGAUCACCGAAGGUGGCACCAACUUCAGCGUGGGUCAGCGCCAGUUGGUCUGCUUGGCACGGGCCAUUCUGCGCGAGAAUCGUAUCUUGGUGAUGGACGAGGCCACGGCCAAUGUGGAUCCGCAAACGGAUGGACUCAUCCAGGCCACCAUUCGCAACAAGUUCAAGGAGUGCACUGUCCUGACGAUAGCCCAUCGUCUGCACACCAUCAUGGACUCCGACAAGGUGCUCGUCAUGGAUGCAGGACGAGCUGUGGAGUUUGGAACGCCCUACGAACUUUUGACGGCGGCGGAUUCCAAGGUGUUCCACGGCAUGGUCAAGCAGACGGGUCAUGCCACCUACGAGGGUCUGCUAAAAGUCGCACAAAAGGCAUUUGAAACCGCCCAGAAUCACAGUCUUUCCUCAUGAGACUCAGCUGCUACUUAAAUGAUGUCCUACUAAUUAAGCCGAGGUGCUUGUCGCCGAAUCUUUAGCUGUUUGUAACUAGUUUAACUAAUGUAUAUGGUUUUGAAUGUGUUAUCUCGUGUGAAUGUAAAUAUGUUUGUUCGUGUGUAUGUUUAAUACUUUAUAUAACUCGUAAUCUGUAUAGAAACACGUUGUCUAGUGUAUUGUUUGUAUUUAUUUAACUUUCACAAAGUGCAAAGAAGUGCCUUUAAAAAUAAAUGAAAUAUAUAAUCUGUUUCUUUGUAAAAACUAUAUUUUACAAUCAGGUGUAGAAGAAAUAGAAACCGCUGUAUUAAGGAUCUACCCAUAUUCACAUAUACUGAACUUUGGCUUUAAAUGUCCCUAAAAUCGAACUUGUUUAAAUCACAGAAUAGGAUAAGCUUUUUAGCCAGCAAAGAAAAUAUUUUGUAAUAUAUUGUAUAAAGCUAACUUUUUUAAAUUAAAGAAUUCUUUAACGAGA